ACACUCUGCGCGCAGGGUAACUAUAAUCGCUGGCCAGUAUCACGCGAAGGUAAGGGCCGUAACCUUCGCAUCUAAGAUGGCGGAAGUUUUGGCGCUGAUAUGUGGAGUAUGGGCACAGGAGUUUCCCGAUGACGAAUAUUAUUAUUAUGACUAUGAAGAAACAACGACUGCACGUCCCAAAAAGGCGCCCAAACCUAAAAAACAACCUAAAGCACCGAAAGCUACAACUGAAGCUCCCACCACUCCUAUACCGACCCCAGAGAAAGAGUCAUUUAUCGCCGACGAAUGCAGUUACACCUUAACUAUCCCUGGACGAGAGCUCCAGGGAGCCUGCAAAUCCAUGUUGUUGGACACUACUGUGCAUGACCUGAAAGUGGAACUUGAAGUGCUGAAACACGCCAACCAUCAGCUGAAAGACGACCUGCAGAAGUACAAAGCCAAAGCGGAGGAGAUAAGUGACUUCUACGAUGAGAUGCAGACGCUCACCAAGACAUGGAAAGAGAUCGUCCAUUGGCCAAAUAUUGAUAGCAAAUUCCAGCCCGAUAAUGAGAGUCUCGCUCGCCUCGUUGAUGGCCCACAAUAUAAAGAUUGUUCGGAAGUGCCAAAUAAAAAGGGCAAAGGGAUUUACAAAUUGAGGCCUGAUGAUUCACCAUGGGCAUUCAACGCGUUUUGUGAGGAUGGUUGGACUGUAAUCCAGAGACGUUUUGAUGGUUCCGUAGAUUUUGCCAAGCGGUGGUCUGAGUUCGGAAAUGGUUUCGGUGAUUUGGCAGGUGAGUUCUGGCUCGGUCUGGAGAACGUUCAUUCCCUUACUCAGAGUGGCAAGUACACGUUGAGGGUCGAGGUAGCCAAUCCAAAACUUUACACUGCCGAGUAUCCCGACUUCAGUGUCGCAGGAGAGGACGACUUCUACCGGCUAUCGCUGGGUAACAUGACCAAGGGAACAUUGGAUGGCAUGUCGAAUGUAGAUGGCCAGAAGUUCUCAACCCCAGCCUACGAUAACGAUAAUUGGAAUCAAAACUGUGCGCAAUACUUUGCGUCUGGCUUCUGGUAUGACAACUGUGGCUCAGACUUGAACACCCGCUGGUGUGAAAGGGGGUGCCUCAGAUGGGCUAAUAAAUACAUUACAAAAUCAUUGAUGAAAAUCAAAAAGAACUGAUAUUAAUUGAUACGCAUCAUAUAUGGACGUUUUGCAUAGUGAACAAGUAAUGCCAUCUUUAGAUGACAUCUGCAUUGAAACUAUAAAAGGUUUGCCCUCACAGUGAAGUACUUGACGAUUUAAUCUUUCACUUGAGUAGAGCAGAAAAGAAGUGAUCUGAUGUACGAAUGAAAAUGUAUGUUUUAUUAAUCGAAACAUGGAAGACUUAACCACCAGGGACAAGAGUGAGAUAAUUACAUUUGCUAGGGCACAAUACUUCAUUUGCCAUUCUUCGAUAGACAAUAUUAUAACCC